UCCCAUACUUUACAUACAACAAGUCGUGUAAUUACGGCUACGUUCGUUUGUUUCCGUACAGCUGGUGCACGUACAGCAAGCUGCACAGUGGACACAGGUUUCGCUGGUCUGACUAUCGAUGUAGUUCGAUAUCUUCUCUACGAACAUGGCAGGGAACUUAGGUUUGUGAUAACUUAAGAAGCAAACGAAAAAGGAAAAUAGCUUUUAUGAGGACUAAAUUAGCCUUUGAACAAGUUUAAACAGUUACCCAAUCAAGGAUAUUUGACGAACUUUCCACCAGGAACACUUGGAAGAUUCUCAAUACGACGUGCUCAGAGUCACUGAAGUGCCUGCCCUGCAUCUGUCAUUCCUAGACCGUACCAGUGUAAAUCAGAACCCUACUUUGGUUCAGCUCUUACCUGCAAGUCUCGGGUCUUUCCAAAGAGCAUGUUGCCAAUGCCGUCUCUCUGCUCCAUUGUCUGGUUACACCGAGGGAUCAAGCUAAAGAAAGUGCUUUAUUUCUCAAACACAGGCCAGGUCUGAGUUUCAACCAUUCAAACCAACAGUUCUGUCAUGCUUCUUAGUUUUAGUUGAAAAUUCCUGAAUAGUGUUGCCAUCACAAUUAACAUCCUCAACACUCUGGCACUUCACUGCCCUGGUCAGUGUGUAUCAUAGUUGGAAAUCUUUGCACAUGGCUGUAGAGGGCUUCCAAUUCAUAGCAAUUUAUGUCUAUAACAAAGACUGGGACGAGGACCUUGACCUCCAGCCAGGGGACAUACUGACCGUCAGCAAGACGUCACUGACAUCUCUUGGGCUCAAGGAUGGGGACGAGGAGCACCCGGAUUGCCUGGGAUGGAUGGUGGGAGUCAACAAGCGCACUAAGCAGAGGGGAGACUUCCCUGGGACGUAUGUCCAGUAUGUGGGGCCUGUGAAGAUGUAUGUGGUGCCCAACCAGCCUCUGCAGCAGAGACCCCUCCCAGCAGCCCCCAGGCCUCAGCCUCCCCCAGCACAUCAAGGGACUUCAGCUCAAGAGUUUGUCCAGCCUUUUCCACCCCCAGAAAAUGCCCUCCCCACUUUGGUGAAGUUGAUAGAGGCCAUUGAGAAAAAAGGUUUGGAGUGCGAGACGCUGUACAGGAAGUCUGGCUCCUUGGCUGCUGGCGGUCAUAGACAGAGCCUGAUUUUUGAGCUCUCGGAGCCUGAGAUGGGCCAGUACGACGUCCAGGCGCUCUCAGAGGCCCUGAUGGGAUUCCUGCAGGACUUGCCCUCCCCCAUCAUCCCAGAGUGUGUCUAUCCCAGCCUGAAGAUUGCCCUGCAAGAGGAAGCAGAGCUGUCUGUCGAGGAGACAGGCAAGCGUGUACUGAAGGCACUGGAGCCCCCGGCCGUGCCCAUGCCAGGCCUGCUCACCCUGCAGUACCUGCUCAGACACUUGGACCGAGUGGGCCAAAGCUCGCCCCACAAUGGCCUGGACCCUCACACCCUCGCACUCCUCUUCAGCCCUCUGCUGCUCCCCGCUGGGUCAGAAGAAGAUUGUCAGGUUUCUGCCCAAGUGCUGGAGAGACUGCUGGUGGUGAGGGCCUGGGAGCUGGAAGAAAUGCCACCAGCCCUACCUCCCAAACCUUCCAAAACCAAAGCCAUGGCAUCCUCUGUGAUCAAUGGAGACGGCAGCAAGAUGGCCGAUGCAGAGUGGUACUGGGGAGACAUUUCCAGAGAGGAGGUGAAUGAGAAGAUGAGAGACAUGCCGGAUGGGACUUUCUUGGUCCGAGACGCCUCAAGCAAGGUGCAAGGAGAAUACACAUUGACUCUCAGAAAAGGAGGAAACAACAAGCUGAUCAAGAUCUUCCACCGAGGCGGCAGGUACGGCUUCUCUGAGCCGCUGACGUUUUCCUCUGUGGUGGAGCUCAUCCUGCAUUAUCACCAGGAGUCACUGGCCCAGUACAACCCCAAGCUGGACUCGCGGCUACUGUACCCCAUCUCCAAAUAUCAGCAGGACCAGGUGGUGAAAGAGGACAACGUGGAAGCAGUAGGAGAGCAACUGAAGCUGUACCAUGACCAGUACCAGGAGAAGAGCCGGGAAUAUGACGUCUUGUAUGAAGAGUACACUCGCACCUCUCAGGAGUUACAGAUGAAGCACACGGCCAUCGAGGCCUUCACCGAGACCAUCAAUAUCUUUGAGGAGCAGUGCGAGACCCAAGAGCGCUACAGCAAAGAGUACAUUGACAAGUUCCACAGGGAGGGCAACAGCCAAGAGAUUGAGAGAAUCCAAAGUAAUUCAGAUAAGCUGAAGUCUCGUGUGACUGAGAUCCAUGACAGCAAGCGGAAGCUGGAGCAGGACCUGAAGGAGCAGGCGACGGACAACCGAGAGAUCGACAAGAAGAUGAACAGUCUGAAACCAGACCUCAUGCAGCUGAGGAAGAUCAGAGACCAGUACCUGGUGUGGCUCAAUCAGAAGGGCACCAGACAGAAGAAGAUUAACGAGUGGCUUGGGAUCAAGAACGACGUGGAAGACCUAUAUUCUCUGGUGGAUGAGAUGGAUGACCUGCCACACCAUGACGAGCGCACCUGGUACGUGGGCGACAUCAAGCGAGGCCAGGCCGAAGAGCUGCUAAGGGGCAGGGGUGACGGCACCUUCCUGAUCCGAGACAGCCAGUCCCAGAAGGGCUCAUAUGCCUGCUCUGUAGCCGUGGACGGGGACGUCAAGCACUGUGUGAUAUUCAAGACCUCCACGGGCUACGGUUUCGCCGAGCCUUACAACCUGUACAGCUCCCUGAGAGAGCUGAUUCUCCACUACAGACACACUUCCCUGGUCCAGCACAACGACUCGCUGAAUGUAACUCUGGCAAUUCCUGUCCUAACCCAGCAGCAACCCAGAUGAGACGCUCCGUCUCCCGGACAAGGCCCGGCACAGAGCAAAAACACACACAGAACUGAGACCACACACCCUCACUUUUCCCAACAAAAAAGCAAACAACUUUCUGAGCGUUGGGUUUGAUAGGAGUGGAAGUGGCAGAUAUAAUGACUGACUGGGUUUUGACUUUGAAGAGACCCUGUAAAUGUUAUAUUUUUGUUAAAUCUUUACAACACUACACAGUUUUAGGAUAAAAAUAUGUUGACUAUUUUAAAGUAACUGCUGUAGAUUCCAUUUUCCCUUUCAAUGGAGGGAAUUACUUUUUAAAUCGACUUGUUAAGGGUGCCAUUUUGGGGGGGUAGUAACUUUUUUCAACAGUUAAAGAGGCGUAAGGGUUGGACAUGGAGAACAAAAAUACCUAACAGACUUUCUGUUUUCAUCAAGCGUUGCUGACAUGGCUGGAUGAUUGGGAGAUGUGGUAAAAGGCUUAACUCGUAGUGUUUUGUUGCAAGUUCAUAUUAAUACACAUUUUCUCCCACAGCGCUAUGGGACGCAUACAAAGAAAGCAUUCUCCUUUCUGUGGACUCAUUGCUAUGUGCCCUGUCACAUAAAGCAGAACAUGUCUAGAAGACUAAAUUCAGUACCAAUGUGUUAAUCAAAAAGAUUAAUUUGUCUUUUUCUGAAAGCUUUUUUUUUGUUGCAAUCUAUGUAAGACUGUUUAAAAUAGUUUGAGGUUGAUGAUAUUAGAUGCUGGCAUGGCCCCUGGUGUAGCUUGAGGACACUGAUUGCUGUGACAGACAGUGACGAGUGUAAUGUGAACUGGAGUUGCAGUCCUUGGUGGUGAAAGUGCCUUCUCUUCUAAUCCUCGGUCUUCCAUUCUCGUUCUGUUGAUCAGAGUCAGUGUGGAUGCCUUGCCCCAAUCAGAUGCCAAGUGUUUUGUACAGCACUGUGUAUGAAACUAGAAAUCUGAAAUAGACCUGGCUAUUGAUUGCCUUGGAGCAGGGAUGGGUAACUCCCUCAGACUUUUACCUGGGACUACUGCCACUGACUGCAGUGCACACAUCUGGUUUCCCAGGUUAGGGUCAGGGCUCAGUGCACACAUCUGGUUUCCCAGGUUAGGGUCAGGGCUCAGUGCACACAUCUGGUUUCCCAGGUUAGGGUCAAGGCUCAGAGUGCACACAUCUGGUUUCCCAGGUUAGGGUCAGGGCUCAGUGCACACAUCUGGUUUCCCAGGUUAGGGUCAGGGCUCAGUGCACACAUCUGGUUUCCCAGGUUAGGGUCAAGGCUCAGAGUGCACACAUCUGGUUUCCCAGGUUAGGGUCAGGGCUCAGUGCACACAUCUGGUUUCCCAGGUUAGGGUCAGGGCUCAGUGCACACAUCUGGUUUCCCAGGUUAGGGUCAAGGCUCAGAGUGCACACAUCUGGUUUCCCAGGUUAGGGUCAGGGCUCAGUGCACACAUCUGGUUUCCCAGGUUAGGGUCAGGGCUCAGUGCACACAUCUGGUUUCCCAGGUUAGGAUCAGGGCUCAGUGCACACAUUUGGUUUCCCAGGUCUCAAUCAGUUGCUGACUUAAAGGAAUGAAUGAAAGCCAGCAGACACUCUUGAGGACUGAAGUUGCCCACCCCUGCAUUACUGUGUGUAUGAUGGCGGUGUUGGAUUUGUGCAUGGUGUAAAUGGAUUUCCAUUCAUAUUUUAUAGUUGUGGAUAGAUGGUAGAUCUUAUGGGGGUUGUGUACCAGAUAUAAGAAGCAUGGUCUUUUCACUACAUUUUGACAUUGGGUAUGCGUAUGCAUCACAUUGGAUAUGCAGUAUGCAUCACAUUGGAUAUGCAGUAUGCAUCACAUUGGAUAUGCAGUAUGCAUCACAUUGGGUAUGCAGUAUGCAUCACAUUGGGUAUGCAGUAUGCAUCACAUUGGGUAUGCAGUAUGCAUCACAUUGGGUAUGCAGUAUGCAUCACAUUGGGUAUGCAGUAUGCAUCACAUUGGAUAUGCAGUAUGCAUCACAUUGGGUAUGCAGUAUGCAUCACAUUGGGUAUGCAGUAUGCAGUCUCUCAUUAAGGUAAUAGUAGCCUAAUUCCACAAUUUACUUAAUCGGACUUUACCUGCCACACUUUGUGAAUGAGCUUCUUUCCCAGGAAACAAGUUGUACUGUAAUGCUAACAUAUACACCAGAUAUUCUAGGUAGACUUGAAACACUACUUUGACAAACUGAUUAGUACUAUGCAGCGAUUUAGACAUACAACUUCACGAUGCCUCAUCAACAUUGAUUUUGAUUCAAGUAAAAUCACUGAAUGAGUGAUAACCUUUACACUUGUCAUGUAUUAAUCAGACGUUGGUGCAUUGUAUUGCUCACUUUUAGGAGUGGUUAGAUUGCCGUUCAUGUUGGGAUUGGUGUAAAUCAACCUUUUAUAGCUGACAACAAUGUUGAUGUUAAUCUGGUUAACCUGUUCUUAUGUUUGUCUGGUAGUUAGGUGAAAAGUGUCUCCUUGGAGAGCGAUGACAAUAAUAGUCUGGACUAUUUACUGAACAUAGCUUUCAGAGUCCUGCUCAGUUCGACUGUCCUUCAGGUCAACGGAUCUUUGAAAACUGGGACUAUCUAGUUGAUUUGUUUUGGCAAGAGAGAGUGCUGUAUAAAAAAGAGUGUAAAAAAUAUGUUUCUGGUUUGUUUUCAAAUUGCACACGGUGGCUCUGCAUGCAGUAUAAGACUACGUAUGCCCUCCACUGACAUGACCACAGCCAGGUUAAGACUAGCUAAAGAUUUACACCAGAUAAUGUGAUAUAACCAAAGAGUGUUGGUGUCCAUUACUGAGUGUUACUCAAAAGAACCACACAAACUGCCGCCAUAGAUUUUUCAACGAACCUGUUCUUAGGGAUUACUUUCUUCAUUCUCGAGUCGUUUAAAAAAGUAUCUUAGUCUGUUUCCAGUUGCAGUUGGUUCUACAAAAACAAUCAAUUCAGAAAGAUAUCAAUGUUUAAGUGAGAUAUGCCUCUUGGUGUGCUUAGACCUUUGUUUGUCACCUACUUAUACGCGUGGCCGUAGAAGUAGAAUCUACUAGUUCCUGCAAUAAUGCUGGGAAUGCUAGAUCUGUGGCAGCUAAGAUGUCGAGAUACCUCCUCAUGCCGUACAAUACUUGGAUGUAAUAUUUUUGAGUUUUUGCUGUUUUUUGUAGAACCACCUGUAACUGGAAACUGACAUUUUUCAGAUACUUUCGUUAUUCUCGAUUCUGUGAAAAAAGUAUUGCCAAUAACAGGUUAGUUGAAAAAUCUAUGGCUGCGGUUUGUAUGGGGCCUUUCUCUAACACCCAGUAAUGGACACCAACAUUCUUUGGUUAUAUCACAUUCUCUGGCAUACAAUCUGUAGCUAGGUCUAGACAGUCUGUUCUCAGUGACAUUGUUUCCCCUGGCCUUUUCUGUGGACUUGGGCUCCCGAGUGGCUCAGCGGUCUAAGGCACUGCAUCUCUGUGCCAGAGGCGCCACUACAGACCCUGGUUCGAUUCCGGCCGUGAUUGGGAGUACCAUAGGGCGGUCGACAAUUGGCCCAGCGUCGUCCGGGGUAGGGUUUGGCCGGGGUAGGCAGUCACUGUAAAUAAGAAUUUGUUCUCAACUGACUUGCCUAGUUAAAUAAAAUAAAUUAUAUUGCAGGUCGACAAAAGCUGUGCUUGAUUUCUGUCUCAGACCGCUAUGACGGUGCAAUGUAAAACGACACAUUUCCUCAGCUUGUGAGAAAGCCUGUGAGUGGGUACAAAUUUGAGGCUUGAGUAGGGAUGUCGCUGUGCCAAUGUUAAAAUCUGCUACUGUAAAUGCACUACAAAGACAUGAAUAGGGAGCUCAUGUUUCAGGAGUUUUAUUAUAAUUUGACUUGAACAGGUUCAUUAAUUUACAAUAAUUGGCUAUAAUAGGUCAGAAACACUCCACAUAGUGAACAUCUCAUUUUAAGACAAGGACGGCAUCAUUGGUGGCUCUUAAUGGUCUGUUUGAAAGUGGCUUUUAUGAAACCUGUUUGUGUUUUGUUAUUUGUUCAUCAUAACCUGAGCAGAUUUAAUUGAAUAAGCUAGUGUGAAUACUUUUGGUGAUAUUCUUUACAUUUAUAUUUCAUGCUUAUUUAGAGAUUUAAUUUCUCUAAAUAACCAAAUAGAUUGAAAAGACUGUGAAAAGGCUGUUUACACAGGCAGCCCAAUUAUUUAUUUCACUAAUUGGUC